GAAUAAUUUCGCAGCCAAGAAAGUCAUCCGGCCGUGCUACACCGCUGACCCAACAACCACUAUGCUCUGGCUCAAGUGCAUCCGCAUGUUUCAAGCCUGGGCUAUUGGGUCCAAGGGAUUCAUGUACCCCAGAAACGUGGGUUACCCAAUCCCAUUGGCCAGUGAAGGGCCCAAGUUUUACCGCUUGGAGGUGCACUAUGACAAUGCUGAGAAAAAGGAGUUCAAGGACUCUUCAGGAAUCUCCAUGCUUUAUUCAGAUCGACCCAGACCAACCAAUGCAGCCAUUAUGGAAAUUGGUUUGACCUAUGGGCCCCUGCAGGGGACAGAAGUUUCGGUGCCCGUAGGAUACCCCAAGGUAUCCAACAUCUACAUCCCACCAAAAACCGGAAACUGCUCUUCCGGUCUGUGAUCCGCCUUCUUCCGGAAGGACACACAAAAAAAUCAACAUAAAGAAAAAAGAGAAGAAAAGACCGACCCCAGCAACCACUGGCUCAUCAUUCCGAAUUAUAUAUAAAAACCCGGGAAUAAAUUUCCUUCCAUGUACUGCAACAGAAGA